ACUCAAGUGAAGGACGAAACAAGAUGAGGAUCAAUGUUUACCAGGUCCUCAAUUACACCUUAAUCACAAUCUUGGGGAAAUAUGUUUUGGUGUUCUCUGCCUCAACUUUUCUUCAACCAUUUACUAGUGGAUGCUUGAAUGUGCAAGGGCAGUGAUUUUCCGUGGGGGACGGAAAGAUAAGGAGACAUCUCUACUAAUGUCCAUGCCGGUGGACAGAGAGGACCGUGCAUGCGCCAGAGAGGAGAGGAGGCGCAGGAGGCGUGCAACUGUCAAAUAUCGAUCUGCUCAUGCAUCUAGGGAGCGUGUCCGUGUCGUGGCCUUUAAUGUGGCCUUUGCAGAGCUAAGAGGACUCCUGCCGACUCUCCCACCUGAUAAAAAGCUGUCCAAAAUUGAAAUCCUGCGACUUGCAGCCUGUUAUAUUUCCUAUCUUAACAAUGUGCUGGAUGUUUGAGGGAAGAUGGCACAAACGGCAAGUCACUAAAUCUAUAAGGAAUUUCCAAGUAGGUUUAUAUUAACAAGAGUUUUCUUUAAAUAAGACAAUAGGCCACAGUGUCUGAGAAAAAAAAAGUGUAGGAUUGGAGGGUUAAAGAAUGGCCUUUUAUGAACUAUAAGUUUCUUAACAAAAUGUUUCAAUUGCAUAUUCUAUUGUAAUGGAGGCCAAAAAGUAAAGCAAAUAUUUUAAACAA